CUUCUGUGCGUGCAGAGGUUAAACGCGUGCCACACACGGCGUAUACGCAACGUGCGCCAAACAGCAAAAAAGACGUAACUGUGCCACGUGAAACAACAACAGCAGCACACUCGUAACAUAAAGGCAAUCCACAUGACGUAUACGCCCCGCGGGUCGCAAAAGUGCAACAAUCAACUUCCAUGCUUUCCAGCGCUCGAGCGUGUCUGUCUAGACUUUAAGCCAAUGCUAAAGCAGGUCUUUGCCAAUGUCUGAAAGUCGACGAAACGGAUAUAAAUUCUGAAAGAUAACAGCAGCAACAACAGCAGCAAGAGCAACAACAACAAUCCAACACAGGCAGGCAGCGAUAAAUCUUUAGCAUGGAUUUGCCCAAUAAGCCAACAAAAGAGCUACCUUCUCCUAUGAUGUACUGCGAAUGCAGUAAAGAAAUUUAAUAUUACACAAGUUAAAUGCAAAUUGCAAACAUUUCAAGCAAUUAUUUAAUGCUUAAAAUGCAUUGUGAAAUCUUAAAGACCUACCAACUUAUUCAAGGCCUAAACAAAUGUUGAUAGAAAUUACAGCAGCUGGAACGAGCCAUAAAUAUUAUCAGCAGCUCAGCUCAGCUCUGCUCGGCAUAAAGUUGACAACCAACAAAAAGGAAGAGGCUCCAAAAAGAAGACUAAAAUCAUAAAAAAAGAGAACGAAGGAAAGAAAGAAAUCAGCAGCUGCAGAGAAACCGGCGAAUUUAGCAGCAGGCAAACUGGCAGCAAACUGGCAGGCAACGGGUGCGCAUCCUGCUCCAACUGAUGCGUCUCCUCUUUUGUGCCAGGCGCGCAUUUCCGUUUGUUAUCGCGGCAAUGUAAAGGCGUUUCCGCUUAAUGCUCCUACACGACAUCAUCCACAUCAGCAGCCACAACAACAGCUAAGAACGACAUUCAACUUGAAGCCCGCCUGGAUUACGGGCUAAAUUGAAAAACAGAAAAGAGAAAAGGAUUUAAAAUGAGCAACCCGCCGAUGUCACAGUCAACGUCACAGUCACCGUCAGCGUCAGCGUCAACGCCGCUGCUGCUGCUGGGCGCUCAAUUGAUGAUCAUGAGCAUCCUUAAUGCUGUGGCGCCCAUUGACGCACUGCAUCUAUCGAGCCUCUCCGUCCCGCGCAUUAUCGAUGUCGCACAAAAGGCCAAACUGUUCUGCAGCUAUGAAAUGGGCAAUCGGACCCUCAACUCUGUCAAAUGGUAUAAGGAUGGCCAGGAAUUUUUCAGAUAUUCGCCGCUAACACCGCCGACAACAAAUUGGUUUCCCGUCAAAGGUGUCACCAUCGCCGACGGCUCGUCGCAUUGCAAUCAAUUCAUCUGCAACGUGGAGCUGGAGAAACUAAAUGUGCACUCGUCCGGCCAGUAUCGCUGUGAGGUAUCCGGCGAUGCGCCCGAGUUCAAGCUGAUCGAUAAGUCGGCCAAUAUGACUGUUGGCGUGCUGCCGAAAUUCGAUCCGUUCAUCACAGGCAUACGACACUCUUAUAAAUAUCGAGAUGUGCUGCUCGCCAAUUGCAGUUCAGAGUGGUCGAGUCCUGCGGCGAGGCUGACAUGGUACAUCAACAACAAGACCGCACCACAGAGCAGCCUGCAACCGCAAAUCAAUGAGAUCACACGCAACAUCGAAGGCUUUCCACUCUAUGCGAGCAACCUGCAACUGCGUGUCCACAUUGAUGACCAGCGGUUCAUUAGCAAGAGCGAGGUGCUCGAGCUGCGCUGCACGGCCGAUAUCAUGGCACUGGCCAAUCUGAGGCGCGAGAGUCGAGUCCGUACCACAAUUCUGGCGCUCAAGGACAACGGCUACAAUCAACGCUUCACCGAGAAUGGCACCUGUGCCAGUGUGCGAGCAGCCACAUUUGCAGCCUGGCUGUUGUGCGUGGCCUCGUUGCUGCCCUGGCACUGCACUUUAAGUUAGUAGCUGUCCCUUUUGGCCGCUUUCAUUUUAGCCUAAUCCUGAACUUCUCGUUUCGCAAGGCGGCAAAAAUCAACCUUUAAAUGUGUCCACUAUGCCACAAAUGAUAAAGUUAACAAGGUAAACAGUUGAAUUUGUAUAUAUAUAAAUUAAUCCUAGUAAUCGAAUUGAUAAGCAAAAAAAAAGUAUUGAAAUCGCCAAAAAUGUGUGCAAAACACAAAAAAUGAAUUUGAAAAAAACCUAAUAUUAAUACAAAAAAAAAAAAAAAAAAAACACUAAGCAAAUUAAAUUUGAAAUAGUUACAAGCGCAAA